AUGCUUCACUUUCAACAAAAGUAACAAUGUCAGCUUUCUCAAUACACCUCAAAAAUUGUAUCAAAUUCUGAUGAUUUAUUCACUAGCUCAGUGGUUAAAGAGUUGGUCGAGGUGAUUGAGUGAUUAUUGGGCCGAGUCUCAUGUUUCCUGCGCGUACGCCGUGGUCUACUGGGAUUAUACAUUUGCUUAACCCUCAAUCGACUGAUCCAUACUCAUACAAGCUUACACUUCAUUUUCUGGACCAAAUAUGUAACUGCGAACACUUAACAUUAGCUUUAAUGAAACAUUGAUUAAAUUCCAUAAAUAACUUGGACUGAGGUCAAAGGAAAAGUUAUGGUCCAAUAAUAGGAGUAGUAAGUAAGGGCUACGUCUUAAAAAAAGCGGUCCUUAGCAACACAUGUUUUUGACCGAAAAGAAAGGGAAGAAAGGGGGUAAAAUAAAACUGAAGUGCCAUAUUGACUAGAGAAAUAAGACUUUAUUCAUAAAAUUAAUAAACUUUUUUAAUACAAAAUCAAACGAUUUUACAAUGGUUGUUUCUUUAUACUUACCUGUUAGUUGAAUUGCCUUUCGUAGACAGUUUCUCACACAGGUUUUCUAACCAAGGUUUUGCCGGCCACACGCGAUCCCCCAAUCCCAAUUUUCAGCUUCUUGGUGAAUAGCUUUUCAAUUGUACCAGGGGCAGCGUAGGGAGCAAUUAGAGGGUCAUAGAUGAUCAUUUUGUACUCCUCUUUCUUGUAAAAGAGUAAAAGUCUACAAUGGGCAGACGAAUCUGCCAAUGCAUUGUAGCUUAAUGUUAAUACACAAGUUUCUCCCCUUUGCGUACACAUGCACACGUUUCUUUUAUGACUGUUUCUGGGGUACAGUAUAUUUUUAAGGAAGGGUCUUUACUUACUGGACCAAAUUGCUUGGACAUUUACAUAUCCUUGCAUGAACAAAAUUUCCUGAAGAAGGUAAUACCAAACCUUUGAUGCUGGUUUUAGAAUAUGAUAGGAACUCACACAUAAGAGUAACCACUGAAGUAAAAAAGAUGGAUUCAUUAGUACCAACUUUCGGAAGUUCAUCGAAAGACUUCAAAAAUGAAUUUUUCGGAAGUUUAACAAUAGAAUUUGGAAUAGAGAAAUAAUUGCUUUAAAACUCAUACUUUGAUAUUUACUAUGAACUUUUAGAAGCAUGAAAAGAUUAUCGAGAAAAACUUGUUGAUUUACUCAUUGCUUCAGGCAUUAAGAUGCACCCCCGAUUUUUGCUCACCCUUUUACCCCCUCUCUAUUUGGCAUACGUGGCUAAGGACGACCUUUUUUACGCCGUAGUCCUUACUUACUACUAAUGGGAUUUCAUAAAAUCUGAUUUAAAACAAAACGCUCAAUAAAGGUUAAUGCAAAAGAAAUUUAGUUUUACUAACUAAUACUUCAGUGAGUGACAAAAGUUUAAGACCACUAGAUUUUUUAAAAUAAUUAUUAAAUGGAAAGCGAUAGAGUUACCAAAAUAACCUUAAAUUAUCAAUUUCUUAUGACCUUUUCAUCAAGCAAAAAAUAAAAUAUAAAAAAGCAUACGAAAAAAAGUUUGGAGAUAUGGACGUUUUCCACAUGACUUGACAAUGCAUCAACAGCAACAGAGUGCAAAAGAGCCAAAGCUCAAGUAUAAAAUGCUUAAAGAAGUAUUGAAAGUGAAUGGAUUGAAUUACUUGUUUACAUUUCAUCCUGAAUCUAAGAUUAUUGUUAGUGGAAGCAGUGAUUGUUCAUUGAAGGUUUGGUCAAGUAUUACUGGUGAAUGCCUUCGUACUCUGAUUGGUCAUUCAAAAGGUGUUUGGACAUCUCAACUUUCUUGUGAAAACAUUUUAAUAUCAGGAUCAGUUGAUGCAACUAUAAAAGUUUGGGAUGCUAUGAGUGGCCAUUGUCUGCAAACACUUCAUGGACACACUGCUACAAUCAGAUGCUUAGCUUUACAUGCAAAUCAUGUUGUCUCAGGAAGCCGAGAUACAACUCUCAGAAUUUGGAAUAUAGAGUCAGGGGUUUGCUCUCAUGUUUUAAAUGGCCAUUCCGGUGCUGUGAGAUGUGUUAGUUUCGACGGCGAUAUAAUUGUGUCUGGUGAAUACGAUAACUGUUUAAAAAUUUGGGAUUUUAAAACAGCAAUCUGUCCUCGAAAUUUUUUACACGUUGAUAAGAUUUACGCUUUACAAUUAACAGCCAAUUUUAUUGUCUCGGGGGGCUAUGAUUCUACGAUACGAGUUUUUGCUACUGAUGCAAAAGUACUAAAACGUCUAUUGAAAGGCCAUAAUUCUCCAAUUACUUGUUUGAUUUUACGUAAAAACGUACUAGUCUCAGGCUCGUUUGAUGCUGAAAUCAGAGUUGGCAUUUAAGUGCAGGAUACUGCCUAUACACACUGCCUGGAGUUCAAGGACAUUCGCGUGCGAUCACGAGUCUGGAAAUCAACGAUAAAUUCAUUGUUUCAGCAAGCAAUGACGGCAAAAUUAAAUUAUGGGUGU